UCACUGUUCUUGUUCAUUGAACCGACCGCCCCAACUGAUGAAAACAACGACAAGCAGCCAAUCUGUCUUUAACUGUGACUGUAGGAACGACUGGUCAGUGGUGCAGCGGGCUUAUUUUAGAGCCCCAACGCGUGUCUGUGAGAAGCCAGGUGGGGACCGUGAUGUCCCGAAACUCCUCAAGUUCACCAAAGGCUUCAUCCACCUGUAUCUCCACAUCAUUCGAGUCAAUCAAUGGGACACAGAGUGUGUCACGGCAGGUGGAUAAGGCUCUCAACCAGAGCCUUGGUCUCCUUGGUCCUGCAGGUGUGUGUGAUGCAAUUCUGCAGUACUCGAGGUGGGGUCUAUGGAUGGGACUUCCGGGAUGUACUGUUUUCGGGUUAUGCUCCAGAUGGGGGGAUGUUUAUGCCAGAGAACGUGCCUGUGCUGAGCCCAGACACUCUAUGGUGCUGGAGGGGUCUGCCCUACACCAAACUGGUGGUGGAGGUUGCCUCGCUGUUCAUCCCCAGUCAGCUGAUCCCCAGGCAGGACCUGGAAGUCCUGGUUUCUGAGGCCCUGUCUGGUUUCUCAGUGCCUGAGGUUGUCAGAAUCGCUCGUCUGAGGGAGGGUCUGUCAGUCCUGGAGCUCUUCCAUGGAGAGACUUUGGCCUUUAAGGACCUGGCUAUGACCUGCACAGUGCGCUUCCUUGACUACUUCCUGAAAAAAGAGAACCGCAGAGCUACUGUUCUUGUUGGUACAUCAGGUGACACAGGUGGCUCAGCUAUCCAAAGCGCUAAAGGUCUGUCCGGGUUGGAUGUAGUGGUGGUUUACCCCAGAGGACGCAUCACUCCAGUCCAAGAGAAACACAUGAUCACCUGCCUGGAGAAUAAUGUCCAUGUGUUUGCAGCGGAUGGCAGCUCAGAUGACAUAGACCAGCCUUUGCGCAGUCUGUUUGCUGACCAGGAGUUGGUCAAGUCUCAUGGCCUUAUGAGUCUCAACUCAGUCAACUGGUCUAGAGUCAUGAUCCAGCUUGUCCACUUCAUCUACAUGUACCUGGAGCUCAGUGGUAUGGAGCAGAACGAGACUGAUGCUGCCCUGCCUGAGCUGCAGGUGGUGGUGCCCACUGGAGGGGCGGGAAACAUCGCAGCUGGCUUCAUUGUAAAGCAGAUGGGAUUACCCCUGAAGUUAGUGGCCAUGGUGAAUUCUAAUGACAUAGUCCACAGGACUGUAACCAAUGGGGAUUUUUCCAUGGCAGCUAAUGUCACACAAACCUUGGCCCCCGCCAUAGACAUCCAGGACCCAUACAACAUGGAGCGAGUUUUCUGGCUGCUGUUGGACAGAGAUGGAGGUUCAGUGAAGAACAUGAUGGAAGAGUUUCAGCAGACACACAGACACUCUCUGCCUGAGAACCAUCGCAAGCUGUUGUCACAAGUUUUAUCAACAGGAACAGUGACUGAUGAAGGGAUCCUGGAGACCAUGAGGAGAUGCUGGGAGGAAAACCAGUAUGUGCUGUGUCCUCACACAGCAGUGGCUGUAUGGCAUCACUACCACUGUCCUCCCAGCCCUGGGCUCCACAGAUGCUACGUUGCAACAGCAUCUCCAGCCAAGUUUCAGGCAGCAGUGCAGAGGGCUGGCCUGACCUUUGACCUACCUGAGGCAGUGCAGGCGUUGGACAAGUUAGCUACUCGUUAUGAGAACCUGGGGAGGAGCCUUGACUGGAGCAAAGACUGGGAGGAAAGGCUGAGAGAGAAAAUCCAGUCUGUGACCUCAUCCAGGGAAAAAGAAAGGGACUUACUGUAGUUGAUUACAAAAUAUGUCAUUAUUCUGGAAAAUAGGCCUGUACUUCAGAAUUCCUGAAAAUGUGUAUGUGUGAGGUCAUGUAACUCAUCGGCUUGCUCUUGAUCUGUGCACUUCUUCAUCUGGAUUUAUUAAAUGAUGUUGAUGGCAAAGGC